AUGUCAAAUGGAUGCAAUUCUUUGAAAAUUAUAGAUACAUAAUCAACAAUUAAUUUCUAACUAAUCUUAUAAUAUACGAUAAUUGAAAAAUGCUAUACCUUGGAUAUUGAAAAAUCAUUUUCACUAAUCGUGAUUGGAGGUAUUAGUGCAUUAAUACAUAUACUUAAAUUUCAAUAGAAAAAUUGAAAGUACAAAAAUUAGUAAAAGCUCACAGAUUAGUAAUUUGGAUUGUUGUAUUAAAAAAUUUUAAUUAAUUCAUAUCAAUUGGAGAUUAAAUCAUUAAAAUCUGGUCUUUAGAAGGGAUUUAGCUGAGGCUAUUAUAAUCAUUAUGUUGUCAUUCCAGACCUGUAAAGGAAUUAUAAAAUUAUUUGAUUUCUAUAGCUUGGGAAGAACCAAUAAUAAAAAUAAGUCAAUAAUAACCUUGCAAGUCUUGA